CCACACUGUCCCUGCCUACAGUUUCAGCCCGGCGACUUUGUGUGCUGAGCACCUCGACAGGACUCACUGCCUGAAGACACUCCUCUCUGACUCCGGGCAUCACCUACAAUGGCAGCAGUUAAAGAGGUUCAGCUGACCGCCGCCGUGAACUUGGGCGCCCUUCUAGAUGCGGGGGAAGGCGCCGUGGUGAUAUUAGUGGCGGGCGAGACACGGCUGGCUGCCCACAGGACAGUGCUGGCCGCCAGAAGCCCCGUGUUCCAGGCAAUGUUCCAGCAUGACACGCUGGAGGCCAGCAGCGGCCACGUCACAAUCACAGACGUGGAGGGGCCGGUGAUGAGGGAGCUGCUGGCCUACAUGUACACCCUUCAGGCCCCCGAGCUGCCCGGCAUGGCCCCGCUCCUGCUCGCAGCCGCUGAUAAGUACGGCUUGUCCGCCCUAAAGGCUGUCUGUGAGCAGCAGGUGGUCGCUCAGCUCUGUGUCGAGAACGCUGCGGCCUCGGCCGUGCUCGCAGUGAGGCAUUCGUGCCCAAAACUCACAGCGGCCGCCGUCGCCUUCAUAAAGGCCAACCUCCAUGUGAUGGGCACGAAGGGAUGGGCAGACAUGAUGCGGAACCAUCUCGAACAUGUCAUCGAAGUGAGUCGGAUGCUUUCUGAUCCGCCACCAUCAACCAGCGCGCCAGCCACCACCAGAAAGGGCCAGAGCGACCGCGGCCGGACCCCGGCGGCGGCUGCGCCCACCACGGCUCCCGGCCAAACUCCACCGCCUGACGAGGCCACCGUCUCUCGCUUGCGGACCCUUCCGGCAGAAGAGAGAAGCAGAAGACUUAUCCAGGCGGCUAAGUGGGAGGAAGUGGAGGAGCUACGGGCGCUGCUGGCGGCAGGUGCGAACGUGGCGGCGAAGGACCUGGAGGGCCGGACCCCUCUGCACUGGGCGGCAGAAAGAGGACACGUCGAGAUGUUGAGGAGUCUGGUUGAGGGUGGGCCAGACGUGGGCACCAGGACCGUAAGACGAAACGUACGUCAGGGCCACACUCUUUGGGGCCCUCGACAUGUGAUGGGACAUGAGGUCUUCACUUUAGAUGAUUUUGGGAAUUAUGUGACAGGGCAACUGCCACAAUUCUCUGAUGGACCCAACACCAGGGAUAGGUAUAUGAGGACGCCUCUGCACUAUGCAGCAGAGAACGGACGCACGGAGGCAGUGGCUUUUUUGCUUGAGGUCGGAGCCAACAAGGGGGCCACAGAUAACUAUGGGAGAACAGCCCUGGACCUGGCCAGGCAGAACAGACACCAGCAGCUGAUAGACAUUCUAUCACGGAGAUAGCAGUCCUGCAAACAUAUGUAUA